AUCGGGGCUGAACCAUACUGUGCCUAGUCAGAGUGACAUCUCCAACUGCUUCAGUAAUGAGCUGUCUAACAGGCUGUCGUCCUCCACAGAUGCUUGUGACAUCAUCCCGGUGGUGUGUCAACCUGACAGAGGCCUUCAACUGCACCGGACCCACUUCACUGAGAAAAUGUUGCUCAAAAGUGUUUUAAAAGCCAGAGUUUGGUUAAACUGGGCCAGUCUAAGACCUGGAUUUUGAGUUGCUUUUGAAGCCAGAAGGAUUUCUACAAAUAAAGUGAAAUUGAAGACCCAGUUCGAGCUACUUCCUUAUUUGAGGUGGAAGCUCUCGCUUUUAUGCCCUGUCAAAUCGAAGCGAAUGAAGAAUAUGCAAAGAAUCAUGCACCUCUCUUCAAAAGUCAGGAAUUCGAAGAUCUGAAAAGUGCUCCCUGAAUUCUGUAGUCUUUUUUCAGCAUAGAAACAUUUUUUUAACAGACAAGAUUGAAGAUGAGUCACGGAGAAAGAUCUCAAGGGACAGGACUGGGAGAUAUUUUUAACAUUUUGUCACAGGCACCAUCAGAGCGAUUGCUGAGUCUGACACUGCAGCUCGGUGGUUCACCUGAAGAUGUUAUCAUACAGGCCCUGUGUCUGAUAAUCCUCAAAAGAGAACUACAUGCUCUGGACAAACUGCGGACCCUUGAGGACAACCCUCUCGCCGACUACCUUGCUGAAAAGCUGCACCCGAGCAGAUUAGAAGAUUUUUCCGUUCACUGUGGUCAAUUUCAGGCCAUCACAAGGGAACCUUUGUCAGCACUGGCUCGGAUCUUUAAAGUGUUGUCACAGCAAAGGCUGUGUGAUCAAACUGUAAGAGAUCUGGCAUACAAGAGAGCGCUUUCCAGUGACGGCUUCGAUACGAGCCCCUCCAGCAGCCUGGAUGAUCACGAGUUCAUAGAGGAAGCUAAACUUGUCUGUGGGCCUAAGGUUUUGGAGUGGAUGUGCUCCGCCAGCAACCCUGAACCAGAAUUCACACAUUCCAAGACGUGUCUGAAAAUGAGUGAUAACACUCCAAAAAUAGGCAUAUCUAAAGAUUCAUCAGCAAGCAUCGACUGCACUCCGAGCCCUUUACAGGAAAGCCCUUCAGAGCUAUCGUACCCUAGUACUCUUGAGAUAAGCUGUCCUCCUACUGUUUCAUGGAAAGGGGACAAAGAAUCUCAAGAAACAUUAGAAAACGUAGAACAAAAACCAGCUGCUCUCAGUGCUUGUGAAAGUGAAACAAAGAUGGCCUCCGGGGAGCCUCUGUUAUCUGUGCUUCAACCCACUGGAUGCUUUCUGUCUGAACCAGAAAGAUCACAUCCAGCAUUACCGGCUGGUACGUCACAAUGUCAUGUAAUGGUCCAGGAAGAAACCCCAGACACUCUCAGCAUAAGAUCACACAUAAAUCCACCAUCUUCUACAAAUAUCUGUGGGUCAAGGUGCCCAGUCCAAACAAAGAUUCACAACAGCAAAGGUUCAGACGAAGAAGAAGAGGAGGAAACAUUUUAUGCAUUUGUAAUCUUGCAUGCCCAAGAGGAUGAAGAUGUGGCGGAGCGCAUAAAGGACAAAAUUGAAAAGAUCAUCAGCAACAAAGGUGCAACUUUUUCUGAGGACUUUGCCGUUCCUGGAAAGUGCCCCCUGAGGUGUGUGGAGGAUGCAAUCAACAACUCAGCGUUCACCUUCUUACUGCUUACCCGCAACUUCAAGUCAAACCUGGUGAAGAUGAAGACGAGCAUGGCCCUGAUAAAUGCAAUAAACAAGAUGCACAAAUACAACACAGUCAUCCCUCUGCUGCCACAGGAGAACCGCAUGCCCAAAGACCUCAUACCCAUGGCCGUGCGGUCUUUAGUUCCACUAGAGGAAGCAAAGAACUUUGAGAAAAAACUACAAAAGUUACUGUCUCGAGCAAAAAUACAAACUCAAAAGAGAGUCUGGAAAAAAGAGCAAACUCUGAGAGUUCAGGAGGAGCGACUGCGCCAGUUACAGCUGGAAGAAGACAAGCAGAGGCUUUUGAACGAAAGGCUCUGCAUGGGCCUGAAUCACCAACAAGAACAAAGUGGUGAAGAGGGCAGGACUUGGCAGCAAAGACACCCAAAUAUUCAUAUUGAAAAUGCUAACUACAUUAUGAUUGGUAACGACUCUAGGAUGAUGGUGGAUUUGGGUGGAAGUGCAGACAAAGAGGGUUCAGUUCACACUAAGCAAGACUAAUGAUUUGACUUGUCUUCCAUCAGUACAUAUGGGAGAAAUUAACACUAAAA